UUGUUGUGUAGGCGUUAGUAAACUUAAACGUUCAUCGACAAACGGUCUUACAAAACAGCAAUGAAUUUUAUCAGCUUAAUUUUUUGUUUUGCGCUUAUAAUGGCGUUUAUGCAUCAGAUGCACGCUGAGGAAGGAGCAGGAGACUGUUUGGCUCUGGACUGUGAUCCUAAGGAGUACAAGCCAGUCUGUGGUGGUUUGGAUGUAGAGUCUUCUCAAGGAUUCGUUAACGAAUGUGCGCUGCAGAUGUAUAAUUGUCUACAUGAAACGGAGUGGGUGGUUCAGACUGAGGUCGAGUGUGAAGUUGCCUCUUCGGAUUCAGCUAGUGGUUACCAAUUACCGACUCAACAGGGAGGAGCAGGAGACUGUUUGUCUCUGGACUGUGAUGCUAAGGAGUACAAGCCAAUCUGCGGUGGUUUGGAUGUAGAGUCUUCUCAAGGAUUUGUUAACGAAUGUGCGCUGCAGAUGUACAAUUGUCUACAUGAAACGGAGUGGGUGGUUCAGACUGAGGUCGAGUGUGAAGUUGCCUAUUCGGAGUCAGCUAGUGGUUACCAAUAUCCAAUCACCAGGACCUAGAGUAACAAUUGACGAUAUUGUGCCUCUCUGCUUAUAAUUAAUAAAAUGAAAGGUCAUCAGAAACGACGAAGUCAAUAAAUUAUGAUUUGCGAUAAAA